UAUUUAAAAAAACUGAGGAAAGUGCGAAGAGCUAAGCCACUAAUAUUUGGUUUUAAAACGCUGGUUAAAACUUAAUUAGUGGUUUGAAAUGACUAUUUAUUUUGUAUUACACCCUGCAACUAAUAAUGAUCCAAGUUGGGGCUAGCAACACAAAGCUAUUGUGUCACAAGUGAAGUCUGGAGAGGGGAGUAUUUACGAAAACUAUUUUCAAACUAAUAGUAAAAGCUUACAUAACAUCAGCCUUAAAGUCCGUGUUAACUAAAUUAAAUUCCCUUUGCCAUUAGUACGUUACUUAAUGCAUGUGCUUAGCAUCAAAAACAUAAAAUCAACUUUCUUUUUCUCAUUUACAAUUUUCAUAGACUAUAUAUAAAACAUAUUCACCCUGAAACCUCAAUUUCAGUUUCUUGUCCAUUUCAUUUGUACCUCAUUUCCCUUCUUUAUUCCUCUGUGUCUUUGUGAGUCUUUUUGUAUUUUGCAGUUAUUAAUAUCAGAGAGAGAAAAAUCUCUUACACAUUUUUGAAACAGAACAAAAUUUAAUUCAACAUGGCUCUACAGAGACAUGUUCCAUUAUUGGUGCUACUGCUAAUUUUUUGGUCUAGCUCUUCAAACGCUUAUCAAAUCGACGUCGGUGGCAUAGAUGAUUUGAUUGCUAAUCCUUUUGAAUCUUAUAAUCAAUGGGCUAAACAAAUGAGAUUUCAAGUUAAUGACACUCUUUUGUUCAAGUAUAAGAAAGGAUCAGAGUUGGUUUUGGAGGUAAAUAAGGAUGAUUAUGACAAGUGCAAUAUAGAAAAUCCAAUCAAGAAAAUGGAAGAUGAAAACAACGUUUUCAAAUUUGAUCAUUCGGGUAUUUUCUAUUUUAGUAGUGGUAACAAGGAUAAGUGUAAAGAAGGACAAAAGUUUAUUAUUGUUGUUCAAGCCGUUACAACACUGUAUCCUUCAGCUCCGGCUCCGGCUGCUCAUAGUCCGAUGGAUGCUAUGUUGCCACAAGGGGACCCGGAUUCUCAUUCUUCGAUGGGUAAAACUCCGGUACCAUCACCUACACCUGUUGGUUCUCACUCAUCUCCGAAGGCACAUGCACCCGAAAUGGCUCCAAGUGGGGUGUCACCUGCCCCUACAGGUUCUCACUCAUCUAGUACGGGCCAUGCACCUGGAAAGGCGCCAACACCGGUGGAUGUGCCUCGAGAUACUAGUUCAGACCCACCUCAGACAACACAUGCACCAGGGGUGGCUCCAACUUUGGCCUCGCCUGGUCCUACUAGUUCUCACUCAUCUCCAACAUCCAGUGCACCUGAAAAGGCUUCAACACCUGAAUACUCGCACGGGGUUCCAAGUACUGGUACACAUCAAUCUCCUACGGCUCGUGCACCCAUAAAGGCUCCAACACCAACAUCAUCGGAUGUGCCUUCUGGUUCCCAUUUAGCUCCAACGGCUCAUGCGCCUGCAAAGGCUCUGACACCAACAUCGGCACAUGUGCCUUCCAGUUCUGGUUCACACCUAUCUCCAAAGGCUCAUGCACCAGGAAAUGCUCCAAGCAGCGCUUCACUUGCCCCUGAUGGAUCCCACUUAUCUCCGGUGGCACAUGCACCCGAAAAGGCUCAAACACCUGCAUUGUCACAUGUAUCUCCAAGUUCAAGUUCACACCGAUCUCCAGCAGCUCAUGCACCAGAAAUGACUCCAACCGGGGCAUCACCUGUUCCUGCUGGCUCUCACCCAUCUCCAAUUGCCCAUGCACCCAGUGAGGUGCCAACACCGUCAUCAUUGAAUGUGCCUCGUGCUCAUGCACCUGGAGCAGCUCCAAUCGGGGCAUCACCUUCGCCUUUUGGUUCCCACUCAUCUCCAACAGCCCAUGCACCCAUAAAGGUACCAACCCCGAGAUCAUCCAAUAUACCUUGGGGUCCGGGUUCCCACCCACCUUCUCCAAAUCAUCAUGUGCCAGGAAAGGCUCCAUCUGAGUCAUCACAUGCACCUGAUGGUUCUCACCCAUCUCCAAAAGCCCAUGCACCCGAAAAGGCUCCAACACACGCACCCUCACAUGUUCCCUCCAAUCCUUUCGCACACCUAACCCCGAGUGCUCAUGCACCCGAAAAGGAUCCAACACAUGCACCCUCACUUGUUCCCUCCAGUCCUCGCUCACAACAGACCCCAAGUGCUCAUGCACCCGAAAAGGCUCCAACACAUGCACCGGCAAAUGUUCCCUUGAGUCCUCUCUCACACCUAACCCCGAGUGCACAUGCACCCGAAAAGGCUCCAACACAUGCACCCUCACUUGUUCCCUCCAGUCCUCUCUCACACCUAACCCCGAGUGCUCAUGCACCCGAAAAGGCUCCAACACAUGCACCCUCACUUGUUCCCUCCAGUGCUAGCGCACACCUAACACCAAAUGCUCAUUCACCCGAAAAGGCUCCAACACAUGCACCCUCAGUUGUUCCCUCCGGUCCUUCCUCCCACCUAACCCCAAGUGCUCAUGCACCCGAAAAGGUUCCAACACAUGCACCCUCACUUGUUCCCUCCAGUCCUCACUCACAUUUAACCCCAAGUGCUGAUGCACCCGAAAAGGCUCCAACAAAUGCACCCUCACACGUUCCCCCAAGUCCUAACUCACACCUAACACCAAAUAUUCAUGCACCCGAAAAGGCUCCCGCACAUGCACCCUCACACGUUCCCUCCGGUCCUAGCUCACACCUAACCCCAAAUGUCCAUGCACCUGAAAAGGCUCCCACACAUGCACCCUCACACGUUCCCUCUGGUCCUAGCUCACACCUAACCCCGAGUGAUCAUGCACCCGAAAAGGCUCCAAUACAUGCACCCUCACACGUUCCCUCCGGUCCUCGCUCACACCUAACCCCAAGUGUUCAUGCACCCGAAAAGGCUCCAACACAUGCACCCUCACUUGUUCCCUCCAGUCCUAGCUCACACCUAACCCCGAGUGCUCAUGCACCCGAAAAGGCUCCAACGCCCGCACCUCCAACGGCUCAUUCUCCUACAUCUCAUGAUGCACCCCCAAUAACAUCCAACACAACUACUCCAGUUUCAUCUCCCACAUCAUCACCCACGCCACGAUCAUCAACAAACUCUCCGACAGAAAGUAUUUCUCCGGCCUCCAGCGACGACAACAUUCCGGCUUACAUUGAUUCACCAGCUAGUUCACCACUCAAUUCUCAAUCAUCAGCAAAGAAAACAUUCAUUUCAACAAUGUCUCUCCUUUUGACUGUGCUUUUGGGAGGAUUUGUUAUUUCACCUUUGGAAAUAAUAUUUUGACAUAGAAUAAUUAUACUUUUAUACUUACGAUAACACGUUAAUUUGUUGCGUCUCCCGGUUUAUAACUUUCUUUUUGUAUUAAUUUUGAUUUCUUGAAUUACAGUUGG